UCGCGUUGCCAUUGGAUAUAAGAGGCGUGCUCAGGUAAUGACAAGGAACUGAUUGUCUACUGAAGUAUCGAGGUUUUUAUGCACUUAUAUGAUCAUCUUUCCAUAGAGCAAUAAGAAUUAUGGGAGGGCAGCUGUCCAUAGACGAGAACGUUCAUGUGGUUAUCGUUGGCGGAGGUUUUGGUGGCAUUGCAGCUGCUCAGCACCUCAAGCAUCACGGGGUGCCAUUUAUGCUAAUUGACGUCCUUGAUGCUUUUCAUCACAACGUUGCAGCUCUGCGUGCAUCGGUUCAAAAUGGUUUUGCGAAACAGACUUUUAUACCAUACAAAGAGACAUUUGGGCUGAAUUUCAUCCAAGGACGUGUAACACAGAUAGAUAAAGAAACGCAGACCGUUGAGCUCGACAAUGGAAAGAAAGUGCGUUAUUCACACCUUAUUCUGUGCACUGGAACAAGUGGACCUUUUCCAGGAAAACACAAUUCUGUGGAAACCUACCAGUCAGCCAUUCAGAAGUAUGAGGAUUUUGUCAAAGAGAUCCAGGCUGCAAACUCGGUCCUGGUUGUUGGCGGUGGAACCACGGGUGUUGAAAUGGCUGCUGAGAUCAGGACAGAAUAUCCAAACAAGAAGGUAAUCCUGAUUCACCCCCGUGAGGAUGUGGCUGAUCCUGAUCUGCUCUCUAAGGUGAAAGAAGAAGCCAGGCAGAUACUGCUUGAGAAGGGUGUGGAGCUGUUGCUGGGACAGAAAGUGUCAAAUCUUGAUGAGCUGGAAUUCAACAAAUGUCGAAGUGGCAUGGUGGUCAAGACCAAUAAAAACGAGCAGUUUACAGUCGAUCUUGUCAUCUGCUGUACAGGAAAUAAAAUCAACUCGGAAGCAUACCGCUCCGGUCUGGGUUCAAGUCUGGCAGAGAAUGGUGCUUUGAAGGUGAACAAGCAUUUGCAAGUGGACGGCUUUGACAACGUAUACGCCGUGGGUGAUUGUGCCAAUGUCAGUGAGCCUAAGCUGGCAUAUCACGCUGGACUUCAUGCAAAAGUAGCUGCCACCAAUAUUAUUAACAGUCUGUCUGGAAAAGCUUUGACCUCAUACAGCCCAGGAAAUGUAACCAUGCUGGUUGCUAUGGGAAAGGAUGAUGGAGUAGGGCAGUUUAAUGGCUAUAAGCUACCUCGCUUUCUGGUCGCUAAGGGUAAGAGUCAGAGUCUGCUGCUGUGGAAGAGCUGGGGGGAAAUGGGUCAGAAAGCCCCAAAAUAACAAAAGAUUAACCAUCAAUGUUUACAUCAAAAUUUUUCCUCAAUAUAUGUUGAGGAAAUGUGUUGAAGGAAAAAAGUUUAUUAUCGAACAAAAUUUUGAUUUAUCAUCGUCGUAGAUUAGAAUAAAAUACACUGUAUUUAUGUAAACUGGUAGAAAGAAGUUUUAUAUUCUAAAUAUAAAUAUCAUCAUACUUUAAUAUAAUCAUGUACUAAAAUGUAUUAUUUUAUAUACAAGUACUGUAAACAGAUGUUUAAGAAUUAAAUGUUUUUACAUUCACAACAG